AUGUUCCGGCUGUUCUUCCUUUUCGGAGUUUCUGUGGUACUUCGAUUGGAGUACUUACUGGCCGCAGCCGUAGUCAGAGCGAAGGCACGUAAUGAAUGGGUCAUUACUUUUACUCUUUUCUCUUAUUAUACCAUUCCUCGACUCUCUUGUUUUACGAUCACCCCCAUUUUACUUUCCCAUUUUAGCCUUUUAUCUGACUCCGAAUAUGUAAAAGAACCCUACGACUACUCCACGUAUUCAGCACAGUACAUAUUUUUAUUUUCAAUGGGAUACUUUAUAUAUGAUAUGACGGAUAUGUACAUUCAUGGCGAAGCGCCUUACUCAAAAGAAUAUUUCAUUCAUCACUCGCUUGUACUGACGGCAUUUUCCAUAAUACUGUACACGGGCAAAUUAUUCGGGUUUGCAAUGAUCGGUCUUCUCGUGGAGGUACAGACAAUUUUCUUGCAUCUACGUACAAUGAUCCGUUUGACGGGAUACGCCAAGAAGCGUUCACCCGCUUACAAUGCAUUGAUCAAUGCCAACAUGGCGUGCUUGUUCCUGUUCAGACAUGUGCCGGUAACGUACCUUCUUUAUGUGAUGCUUUACAAAGAUGAGAAUUGCCCUUUGCCUUUGAGAGUUUUUCUCACUUGUGGUCUUGCAUUCCUCACCUAUCACAAUACGCAUUUGACGGUGAGUUCGUUUUCGUAG